CUUUUCCCAUCAGAUCAAAGUAACUGGCAGAUAUUGGCAAACAAAUUAAUUGCGGACGCCCAUCCUCCGCCACCCUCUCUCUAUCCUAAGCGGACAUCUUCAGCUCUCCGCUGCCCCCUCCCAUCUUUCUCCUCCGCACGCCCCAGCAAAUCUACUUCAAACGCUGCUCCGAUCCCAUUAAUCAUGCUCCUUAACCUCCAGUUCACGCGUGGGGGAGCACGGCCUAGUGAAGGAGUUUUUAUGAGGAUUCCUACGGGGGCAGGGAGAAAGCUCGGGGAAUUGCCACCCCCUCCCCAGGCAUUUGUACACCUCACUGCAUUCUGGAAAUUUUUCGCGCCCCCGUCCAGAGACGAGGCACUGGGUUCAGACAGCAACAGUCAAGGCUGCUUUCUCGGCUUCAGCUCUUCGUCCGAGUCCUAAGACCACCAGGGCAGCGCCACCUACCGGCCAGCCGGCACCUGGGAAGCGGGAUACUACCCAAUAAGGUCUUGCCGCUACUCCUGCACGAUUUUCUUUUUUAGCUUCCCGGGCUCCUCCGCCCCAGUGCCGCAGAUAUUGAAUGAAAAAUGGCUGAAAGUCCUAUGUGGGAGCAAGUUGGAGCAAGUUUUGUGCAUCUCUAUUAUCGCCACUUUGAUGCUGACAGGGUACAACUAAGUGCUCUAUAUACAGAAGCUUCUUGUUUAUCAUGGGAAGGAGAACAAUUUCAAGGAAAAUCAGCAAUCAUGGAAAAAAUGCUGAACCUUCCAUUCCAAAAAAUCCAGCACAGUAUCACAUCUCAAGAUCAUCAACCAGCUCCAGAUAACUGUAUCCUUAGCAUGGUUGUGGGUCAGUUAAAGGGAAGGUACCAAACUGAUGAGUUUAGAAUGCCAAAAGAAUUAUUGUUGGAGUUCAAGAGAGAUCACAAAAAUAUUGGGGUUCCAGACCAGUGUCGGGAGGUGUCUCAAAAGAAUUUACAGGUUUGGACCCAUCUCUACGUCAAGGGGUAGAUGAAGAGCCUGUUAUGGGAUUCCACCAACUGUUUAUUCUGAAGAAUAUGAAUGACAAAUGGAUUUGCACUAAUGAUAUUUUUA